AUGGUGCCCUCGCUUUCCUCCGACUCUUUCCUUUUCCUUGUGAAUGAAAGUGCUCCCCUCGCUCAGGCGUAUCUCCCCAUCGACAGGGCCCUCAGAGCCUCCUAUCUGCAGCUCUGCCUCAGUCCCCACCCCUGCCACUGCCCCUGUCCCAGUCCCCACGCCUGCCACUGUGCCCUGUCCCAGUCCCCACCCCUGCCACUGCCCCUGUUCCAGUCCCUGCCCCUGCCCUUGUCCCAGUCCCCACCCCUGCCACUACCCCUGUCCCAGUCCCCACCCUUGCCACUGCCCCUGUCCCAGUCCCUGCCCCUGUCCCAGACCCUGCCCCUGUCCCAGUCCCUGCCCUUGCCCCUGUCCCAGCCCCUGUCCCAGACUCAGCCCUCACUGGGAGCAUAUGUGUACACAGACAGGGGUCUUCUGGACAGCCGCCCCUCCCUCGGGCAGAUCGUCCUGCCGCAGCUGCAGAUGUGA